ACUCCUGCUGCCUCUGCCUCCGUAUAUCCCAACCCCCAGCUUUGUAUUUUUAUUUUAUGUUAUGUGUAGUAUUACUUGUUAUGUAGUUUGCUUGCAUAAGUUUAUGUGCAUCAUGUCCAUAAGCCCAUGCAGGAGCCCCAUGGAGGCCAGAAGAGGACGUCAAAUCCCCUGGAACGAGUUAUAGGCAGUUGUGAGCUGCCAUGAGGUGCUGGGAACUGAGCCCGGUUUCUCUCUAAGAAAGUAAGCGCUCAUAAACAUAGAGUCCUCCAAUAAUACCUACAUUCUCUGCCUGCCUUGGAGCAUGCCGGUCUUUUCUGUCCUUAUUUCUUCUCACUUGCUGCCGCCCGGAGGAACCAGGACGCAAUAACUUAAUACUCCGCUCGGUCAAGUCCAGGCAGCGGAGUGUCGUCCUCCUCACUUCCACCGUUUAAUUUCCGCAGUUUCCCUUUCAGAGCCUGCUACAGGAAAAAGUUCAGUCUCUUCUGAGGUUUUCUAGGUAGAGGGACCUCACGGUAAGCAAACCAAAAUGUAAAUCUUAACGGCCUGCGAGUUUCCGGCAGGAGGAAGUCUGAGUUAUUCUAACUCUGGGGCCCGUUGGGAGUGUCCAGGAGGUAGGAAGGGAAGCGCCCAGCUGGUGACCGGCAGACGCCAGCUGUCCCUUUGGCCGCGAAGGCCCUGAUGGCAGCCUAGACCAAAGCGUCCUCCCUGAACCAAAGCAUCCUCUCUGGACCCGAAUCCUCGCCUGUUCCUCCGCCUCAGCGCCACCAGGGGGCGCAGCAGGACGCGGAGACUCCGCGCAUGCGCGCUGCGCGCCCCAGCUUCCCAGACCACGGCCCCAUGAAGGCGGCGGCGUCAGCCGAGGUAGCGGGCCGCGAGCAGCCGCGGAAACUGGGACUCUGCGUUCUCUGCGGGCUGCCGGCGGCGGGAAAGUCGACCUUUGCGCGUGCGCUCGGCCGCCAGCUGCGGCGGGAGCGGGGCUGGACCGUGGGCGUCCUCUCCUACGACGACGUGCUGCCCGACGUGCUCCGGGACAGGGUGGACGCGCGGCAGCCAGGCAGCACCGGGCAGGUGGGGGCGCGGCCUACUGUGACCCGGCCCCCGCGGGGCCGCGGGGUGUUGAGAGGGUUGCUGCCACCCCAAUGGAAAAUGCUCCGAGAAGAACUGUUGCAAUACCUGGAAUGUUUCCUGGCGGCGGCUGUUAAUGGGAGUCAGAUCUCUGCCCCACCCAACAGGACUGAAACCAUGUGGGAAGAUUUUAUAACCUGCUUAAAGAACCAAGAUUUGAUAUUUUCUGCAGCACUUGAGGCCCAGUCUUGCCACCUCUUAACAGAAACUGCUGUUUCUGGACCUUUGUUUUUGGUGUUAGAUGACAACUUUUAUUAUCAAAGUAUGAGAUAUGAAGUCUACCAACUGGCUCGGAAAUACUGUCCUCUGGAAACCUGUUUGCAAAGGAAUGGACAGAGACCACAGCCACUGCCUAGCAGGACCAUCCACCUGAUGGAAAGAAAGAUAGAAAAACCCAACCCUGAGAAAAACGCCUGGGAACACAACAGCCUCAUAAUUCAGAAUCCAGCAUAUCCUUUGGAAGCCAGCCUGGAAGUGACUGGUUUAUUGCUUACUGCUUUGGAAAACCCUAUAAAAUACAUAGAGGACAAUAAAGAGCAAAAGGAAACAGACAGAAUUAUCUGUUCUACUAACCUGCUCCAUAAAGCUGAUGAGACACUCCGAAGAACCAUCUCUCAGACCAUGAAGCAAGCAAAAGAUGCACAAAUACCUCUCAGUAGCCUGAAGUGUCUAGCGAAAGAACUUAACAAGCUCAAAGCAGAAUUCUUGGAAGACCUAAGACAAGGGAACAAAAGACACCUGAAGCAAACCACUUUAUCAGAUGUUAUCUCUUCCUUUUGUAAUGAGAAAGACAGUACUGUACUGAAGUAUCUUUCAAAGCAACAUUAAAACUUCUCAAUGUCCAAUCAAGGGUCUGAUUUCGGUGAACUUUUGCAAAUAAUUUUCUAUUGCUGGGUAUUUUCUAGACCAGUAUUGUGAAUUGACAAAGAACAGUCUAAAGACAUCUGUCCAUAUUAAAAUAUCCAUUUAGCAUAACAGAGCUACUUGUCAAAUGUGACAUAAUUAAGCAGGAGAGAGACAGCCUUCCUCACUGAUGUGCCAGAUGCUGUAGGGAACAGGUUAAAUAGAUCUGAAAAGAGGAGUGUAAUAGUUACUUUCACAUAACAGAAUACAUGACAGAAACAACUGAGAAGAGAUUUUGGCUCCGUUCCAGAGGGAGCAGUCCAUCAAGGUGUGCAACGGGAGUGGCUGUGUGUGGUCGCAGAUGAGUGUGCUUGUUACUUCUCACAUGUAGUAAAGGAAGCAGGGGCUCUAGACCAAAACCAGAGGCAGGCCUAACCUUCGUGGCCUGUCCUAGUGCCUGCUGCCACCAGCCAGGCACAUCCCCAAGGCUCUACAACCUCUUAGUGCCAACAACUGGGGCUAGCUGUUAAAUAGAAAAGCCUAUGGAGCACAUUUCUCAUUUAAUCUGUAACUAUCAAAAACAAGUUUCAGCAACAGUGAGCUGAUCUGUCUUAAACUCAUGACGGAUCUUUCCAUAAGGGAUUCUAGAAAUCCAACCAGUUAGCCAUAAAAUCUUUUAUUAACAUUUUUAUGUAUUAUAAAAUCACUAGAAAACAAAUUCUGGAUUUCAAAAAUGUAAAAGAAAAAUCAAGGUCAUUAGAAAGUAUUUUUUAUUCAUAUAUUACAAAAGCAAAGCAUUCUUCACAUAGGAACUAGAUACUAGAUAGUUACUUCAGUAUUAAACUGCUUUCUUGAUCCCUCAACAAUAUAAUGUAUCUUACAACCAUAAUGCAAGAUUUACGCUUUGCGUACAAAACAUGUUCUAUACAUCAAAGUAAUUAUCAACAAAAGCAAGUUCUAGAAAGCAUAUAUCUUCUAAGACUAAUAAAAAGGUCUUUAACAGGGAAUUUUAAGUGUUCUAAUAACUUGUUCAUUCGAUAAAUAUUUUUCCAGAACUUAAGAGUUAUCUUUUUUUUUUUUUUAAGUAAUAUUCCCUUUGUCAAACAGUUCUGCAGAUGAAUGGUAAACACUUCUAAAAUGGAACAGCACUGGGAAUACCUAAUGAAAUUUUUUUCAGAGUAAAAGUCUAGCCUUCACUUGAAUUUCAAGACGUUGUAGCUACAUACUACAUUAGUAAAAUCUGAAAUAAAAUUAUUCCGUUAAUCUCUUCACAGUUUCUUUAAAAAAUAUUAGUGGAGAUAAAUUACCAACUUUAAAAAUCUAAACUUAUGUUCACUGAACAAAAAUAAAUUUAGUUUCAGAACAUUGCCUGUUAUCAGCAAAGUACUAUAAAUAGUGCAUGUUAAAUUUUUCUCAACUCAUUUCUAUAAAAUAUUUGGUUAAAACUAAAAUGAGGAACAUAUUUAAUAUGUAAAGAAAGAUCUUUCCUAAUACAGAAUUAAACUCAACAUUUAAGCAAAGUCCUAAAAUUUUUUUUUAAAGUACAAUUCCAAAAAAGUUUCUAAGGUAGAUUUGCUUCAAACUUUUUAGUGCAUUCAGAAGUAUUUGUAGCCUUAAGCAUCAUCACCUUUGGAAUACCAACUGUGCUCUUUAUAUUACUGGAAAAUUAGAAUUUUCUUUCUCAUUUGUAAUGAUGGAAAAUCUUUUCCAUGUUUAAUGUGAAAUGUACCUUCAAAACAUUCAUUUUUAGUUGUUAGGGGGAAAAAAAUGCACUUGUCACUGUUUGGCCCAGAAUAUAUGGUUAAUAAACUGGUUUUAAGGCGAACUCAUCUGGGUUGUUUGGUUUUUAAGACAUGUCUUGCAAUGUUGCCCAGCCUGGCACAGAACUCCUGGGCUCUAGCAAGCUUCCUUCCUCAGCCUCCCAAGAAGCUGGAAUGACAGGCACACACCACCACACUGGGCUUCCUCCCAGUGCUAUUUAAGAAGUUUUCAUUUUCCAUUUUGGGGUAUUGCUUUUAUUUGAAUAAAAUUUAAAAAAUAGCAAAAUUUCCCAAUGACAACCUGUUUCUUUCUGGCAACUGAUAAAUAAUAGAGUCAAGUUAUGCAUUUGGAAAUCCCUGCACUACAGUGAAUGAUUUAAGCAACAGGCCAAAAAUGACUAGAAACUUAGGGUGAGAAGGGCUCCCCUCUGGACAAAGUAUCCCUGGUGCUGUUUUCCCCCAAUGCAGUUGAGAUGAGCCAAGACUGUCUAUGCCGGUAUCACCCGUUAUGGCUUUCUAGCACUGAAAGGGAGGGUAAAAGAUUCAUUAACAUGGCACUUGGGUUUGUCAUGAGCAGACACCAUCAAUAGUUCUCUUUUAUUUACCAUUAAGAAAUAGAGGUUAUUUUGGGUUAAUAAAUCUCAACAGAACAUCUUUAAGAAGCCAAUGGAAAUAUUAAGUACACAGAAACCAAAAGUAAGUAAUAGUAUGUUUUACUGCAUGGCCAAGCUCUCUUCAGAGUAAGCUAGGUACUAUGCAAAAUGUAACAGCUUCCUGCUUUAAAGAACUCUAUAUGUAGUUAGCAAAUCUUACUUUUAUGAACAAGUGUCAUGUUUUAAAUGCACUUUACAGUAACAUCCACAUCUUUUUACCCUUUCCCUCAGCAGUGAUAAUUCAGUUUCCAUAUAGGAUUUUCACUAUACUUGAAGACAUAAAACUGCAAAUAAGAAUUACAAUUAGAAUUCACAACAAAGUAUCUUAGAUGGCCUUCUCUGAAAGGAAACUGUGACCUGUCUGGACACACUCUCAUUCCUGUGACUAUUUCCCCACUAUCACAUUUCUCCAUGUUUCUGUACCCACCUUUUUCUGGAGAUUAUGGACAAUAAAUGGACAGAAGGUAAGACAAUGAAACUUUGGAGGUUAUUUUGAAGCAUCUUAAUAAGAUGGAUGAGUUCCACUGUACCUCUUUGGUCAUCAGAAGAAUAGGAAGAAGAUUCUUGUUACAGUUAUCAAUUUUAUGACACUAAUAAUAUCAGAAUGAAGAA